AUUGCGUUUUACCCUCGUCACAAAUUAGUCGAAAGUAGUAAUGGCAAACUUGCUGAAACCAUUGACGAAGCAAAGCGAGGAGUGGUUAUUGAAAUACUUGGCUACAACAUAAACGAUGACACUUAUAAAGUAAGAUAUGAAGGAGGCGUUGAAGAUGUUAUACCAUCUAAGAACUUGAGAGAGUCAAAGACAACACAUCUGGGACCAUUAGAGCGGGAGUACUGGAAAGACAAAAAUAAGCCAGAAAGAAUAAGAAAAUUCUUCUAA